UGGGGGAGCCCAGUGCUGCUGUACUGUGUCUUUUGGGUAGCUUAUCAACAAAACGCUGUGCUAUUUCGUCUGAGUUUACAAUCUUGUUUUUACGACCAACUUCUCCUCCUUCGGUCUGCUUACCACCACUGUAAGUCCAUUUAGCAGCUGCCAGCUGACAACGAGCGGAUCGCGUCGUGUUUUUAAAACAGUUUGAGGGAAAUAUUUGAUAAAAAACACAAAGUACUUUAAAAGAGUAAGCGUUAUAACCAGACUUUCUUUACGACUUCCAUGUAGUUUGGGUUGAUUUGAUUGAUAGUGAUUGCUGGAACUUCUGCAGGCGAGUAACUUCAUCACUGCAUCCCAGCACGUUUUAAGUGAAGCCAGAGAUUAACUUCCGCUGCAGAUUUUUCUUUACCACAUGCUGAUUACAAGAGAACAACCGGACUGCUUACUCACAGUUAGAUGGGGAGCCAUGCUGGAGGAAUAAUUAAGAUAUGCAUAUUCAUAAAUUCUUAAGUGCCUUCUUCAAAAUCUAAUGGAAGAAAAAUCAUUAACUGGGCCUGCUAUGGUGUCCAGAUUGCCAAAGUUUGGUGGGCGCCCCACAGGUGGUGGGAAUAGUCCUGUGUGCAAUGGUACCACACAGUCACCUACAUCUAUGCAGGAUGGCAAGACUAAUUCACAUGGAACACGCUCAAAUGGUCUGAUCCGGCCCGCUCCACCUUACCUGAAAUGGAAGAAAGAUGAUGGUAUGAACUCUUCUAGCCCCAGCACACUUAUGAUUCCAUGGGAUAGAAAUGAAGAGAAGGCACAAUACCAUGUGCCCUCAUUACCUGAGGUGAAAAGUAGCUCUCAAUCAACACCUAAGAUGCGUAGGUCAGGUACUUUGAUGGUGGCUACCUCCAGCCCAAAAACGGUUCCCAAACAACUGACAAAGACAAACCCCAAAGUGACAAAAGUUGGUCAAAACCAACUGAAUGGGCUUUCUAAAGUAACCUAUUGUACAUCUGGCAUUCCUGCUCGAACUGGGUCGGAGUCACGCCUUGUGCGGCCAAUGUUAGGCACUAACUCUCCAAGAAGCAAUUCUCAGGAUAGCCUAUCACAAUCCAGAGAGAACCGAAAGAUCUUGACGUUGGACCACAUGGUGCGUUCAAACAGCUUCACUCACUUCAAACAGAUUCCCUCCCCCAACUGUGAGCCGAUGACACGGUCCUUCUCCUUUAAUCGGGCUGUGGAGUUAGCCAAACCCCUGGCCAACACCCAACUUCGGCCUCCUCGCAGUAGUUUCCUCAAGCCACCACGGGUCAGCAACGGAAGAUUGUGUUUAGCACUAAGCAGUAACCUUGGAGAUUCAGGUUUUCAGUACAGCAAAAGCCUUCCAACUGACUCACCGUUGCCUAACCCAUCUUACCUUGCCAUGCCCACCACUCCACAAGGUUUGAGGAAACCUCAGCUUCCUAAUUCUGUUUUGACAAAGUCACUGACAAACAGUGUCGGAUCUUUAGGUUACAGAUCGGGUUCAACCACACAGGGCAAACAACAGACAUCUCUGUUUCCAGAUCAGCCCAAAGAGGGUGUUAGAUCUUCAAAUGGUGUGGUUGACUCUGGUGGACUUCUGAGGAUAUCUAAAGGGUCUGAGCCAACCGAUGAAGAUGGGAAAGUAGAUUCAUCCAGUUACAGUGGUGGAAGCUCUGGAGUUGAAAAUGGCACUCAUGACCAGAGCUCUGUUCAGAUGGCUACCGAAACCCUGGAGGACAUGUCCUUAUCUUCUGCCUCAUCACUGGAAAGAGGUGACACCAGUGAAGAGAAUCUAGAUGAUUGUGACUCUGCAGGAGAUGUUUUUAGUGAUGGAGACAUUCCUGCCAGCACUACUCAAACCAUCUUGCAGAGGUCUUCCAAUGACAACAUAAGCUGGGAGCCUGUAGAUCUGACAGAAAAUAAAGAGGAAAGCCCGAUGCAGAAAUCGCAAGAAUCUACGCAGGAUUCGUUGGUGUUGUCUCCUGCGCAGAGUGAUGCUCCUCAGGGUUCAUCAGUGGAGCUGUCUCCCUCCAAUAGCUCUGGUGGGACCUAUAUGUGGGAUGAAGAGGGUCUUGAGCCUCUUGGGGAGCUCAAGUCUCCACUAGCAAGUUUUGAGGAUUCGGAGAUCAACAGCAUGGACAUCUUGAACAACCUGGACCCUCUGGGAACUGGAGAUUUGGACGAUAAUGAUCUCAUGCUGGAUGUGGACCUCCCAGAGGAUAGCUUGCACGACUUUGACAGCAUGUCUCUCAUGGAGGGCUCAGACAGAGGUAGCCGACAGGGGCAGCGACGCAAGCAGCACCGCUGGAGUGGCCCAGAUCACUUCUUCCAUGACAGCAGGCUUCAUUUCUUUAGUAAUUAUGACAAUCACAAGACUUCUCGUCUUCCUUCUCGUCCUAUCCAGUCUGAUGGCAAGCAGCCAGUCUAUAAACCAAUUUUGGAUGAACUCACUCUGGAGCACAUGACACAGGACUGCAGCGUGCUGAGGAAUCAACUUCUCAGGCUCAAAACGUUUCUUCAGCUUGAAGAAACAGGGUCUCCAGCAGAUGUUUGUGAGCAGACGGAAGACAAUACCACUGUGUUACAGAUGGAGGCCCUGAUUAAGGAAGUGCAGGUGCUCAGGGAAGAGCUGAGGGGUAGAGACAAGACUAUAGCUCUGCUCACUCUGCAGUGCCAGCAGCUACAACAUCAGCAGCAGCAGCGCGAUCAAAUGCCCCAUGAAGGUCAGCAAGUUAGAUGUCAGUGCCGCCAUCGGAGGACGUCCACUUCAUUACAUCACAACGAAAGACAGAUGGACACACGGAUGCAGCGGUACGACAAAGCUACCCAGACGUAUUGGAGAACGCCGAGCCACCCUCCUCCAAUGCUACAGCCUUUCAACCCCUAUCUCAACGUGCAGCCGCACCAGGAAAGAUUAAUAAAAACUCCCCCCACCGAGGGCCACAGUAAGCUCACACGGAGCAGAUCAGAGGAAGCGACUUGCAAAGAUAAUGACCGUCCUCUUGAAGCCACUAAAGUAGACGUGUCAGGGCAGGGUGGCUCUGACAAGCUGAGUCAUCUGCCCAGGACCAACCUGCGCUGCCCCCGCUCCUGCGCUCCACGGGGAAUAACUGGCACAGACGGUCCAGCGUCAGCACCUCCAUCCGCUUCGCAGCUUGGGCGGAGAGCUCCCGCUGCGCCAGCACAGAACUCUGACGCGCCGAGAUCGGCUCGCCCUCACACGCUGCAGCCUCCUCGCGUCCACAAGCCGACAUCUUCACCCACGUCGGAUUCAGUUGGUGUUGGCGGCUCGGCCUCUCUGAAAUCGGGCCGUUCUUCAGGGCCUCCGGCUCACCAGACAAAGCAGCUGCCGCCUCCGACGAGAGGCCUUCCCUGCUUUAACGCCGAACCCCGGGGGCAGGCUCCAAAGCUGUGUGAAACAUCUCUUCUUCAGCCUCUCAGAACUUCAGAGCCUCGCUGAAAUUCACAGGGAAAGUUGGGGAAGGUGUCAUUCAAAGUCUUUGGGGCAGUCAGGAUCCCUUUGAGUCACUCCUUCCUCCCAAAGCCAAAUAAUUCCCCAAGGAAGCGAAUGACAUUGUCAGUGAAAUUCAACCUCUUCUUUCCAGGCCAUAUUAGUAGUAGAUUUUUUUUUUUUUUCCUUUUCCUUUGACUUAUCUCGAUAAUUAGGGGUUGACUGUAGUUUUGUUCUGUGACUGCUAAUGGUGCAAUUUUUACAUUGGCUGCCAAAACUAGAUGGUAGGAUGUGUCAUUCAGAAUGGAUUUUAUAUUACAAGUCAAUUUCAUUAGCUUUGCACAUGUCAAUGAAUACUGAAGGUGGAGGAAAACAAGUUUCACACUUUGCACUUGACAUUUUUUUCUUUCUUUUUUGCAUUUUGUUUUUCCUUGCAACAGCCCCCGGCUAAUGUCCCGUUUAAAAUUCCAGGACUUGUUAACUUUAGACAGCUUUGCCCUUUGACACACAGGUGCAUUUGGUUUUUAAACACAGAGUCGAUGUGAUUGUGACCUCUGCUGUGCCUUAGAAGGCCCGGGGGGGAAUGGGAGCGAAAACAAGAAGUGAGACUGAGUCCGAAAAAAAAAUAAAUAAAUAAAAGGGGGAGGAGGGCGAAAGAAAAAGUGAAAAGCACAGCAGCAGACUGAAAAGCUAAUUUGUCAAAGCCCUCUGAAGCUUGUCACUUCCGGACAGAGAAUAUGUGCAUGUGUAAACGUGUUUGUUGGUGUGUUCAUAUGCUGAGUGAAAGGGCUUUGAAGAGCAAAGGAAAACAGCUCCCCCGCCAUAGCUGUGUGCAUCAUUGUAGCUCAGUUCACUGUACUGUGCUUAUAUUUUUGGGUAAACAUUACGAACUCUGCACAUUUUAGCAAAAGGGGUCGUUGACCCUCUGUUGAAAUGCUUUAUGAUGUAAAUAUAGGAGCAGAGAAAAACAAUACCCCUCUGUUAGUGAAGCUGUGUCAAUAACAGUGUCCCGGUCAAAGUAACAGAACAUAUCAGUAUAAUUACGCUUAAAGGCAUGAGAGUGUGCAUAAGUAGAAAACACUAAGAAGAAAAUAAGUUUUAUUGGAAUAGAGUCACUGUUUGAGAAUGUAUUUUUUUUUAAUAUCCAAACCCUGAAAUCAGUUCUAGAAGACAAAAACAGAACCAAAUCUGUUGAUAUUGCAAUUUAAAGUAGACGUAAUGAAUAAAGUUCAUGAGGUGUCCCAGUGUGCCAAGUAACCCCUAAAUAUUGGAAGUUGCAAGCAAUUUGUUCCCAUUACUCAAAGAUUGAAUCAAAUUCGGUUUACUUUAAAAGCACAGCAAAAGAUUCAAAAUGAAUGUAAUCUUCAGGGACUUUACAAGACAAACAGAUUUGGUUUAUGUACAGAAAUAAAAAAGUAAAAGAAAAAAGUGUCUUUAAAAUGAUCUAAUUUAACAACCUAUGCUGCAUAGGAAGAGAACACUUUGUGCUUUUGUAAUUUUAGUUUUGUUUUUUUUUGACCAAGUUUUUUCAGACACAACCUGUGUCUCAUCAUACUGACCACUCAUCACUUACUACCUGGAAAGGGUGCAUUCUGUACCGGCUAUAGCAACUGAGUAAUUGUCUAUAUUUUAGUCACAGUUUUCUAUGAAGUACUGCAGUUAUGUGCCUCCAAUAAUUAUCUUUCAGGAAGAGGUCAGCUGAGAGAUUUCAUGUGAUCUGGGGUUAUAAUCCCAGUAGCCAUGAAAUAGAAUUUAAAUGAAAAUGAACGAGGAAUAAACUACAAGUGAGAUUUAAAUGCAAUUCGCAGAAAUGCUCAACUACAAUGAAAAAUACCACGCAUACGAUAUGGUUUUAAGUAAACUAAACCACAGGGCAUCAUUACAGAGCUCAUUAUUUUGGUAUGCAGUUUGCACUUCUUCAGCUUUUACUACCUUUUAAAGUGAACACUUCUUGACUUAAUUGCAACUGCUAACGGAGAGAAAAACAACAAGAACAAACAAACAAAUGUGCCUUGAGUUGUUUACCAAGGAAGGGUACUUUUGAAUUUCAGCGAUCUACUUGUAAAGGUACACUGAAUGCAGAUUGUUUGGUUAGCAUUUAGUUUUGUUCUAAGCUGCAUGAGUUUGCCAUCUGAGUGGCAAUCUGUGUAUGGGUUGUUCUUCUGUUGGCUGUUCCUCUCCAUCCAUGUUCAAACCCGGGAGGAACAAGACUUCCUCUUGAAAUGAAAUUGGGCAUAACUUAUUUCCUUUUUUAUUUGUGAUUUUAAAAGAUUGUUUUAAUAUAUUUUGAUAAUGGUUAAUUUAUGUAUAUCUGUUUCCUUCCGUUAUAUCUUAACAAAAUAUAUGUAUUUGGUUCGAAAACUAUGCAAAAAGUAGUUUUGUUUUUAUUAGAGCUGUACAUUAUUUUGAAUUCCAAUCACCUGUGCAUUAUGUGCACAGUGGCAAAAGGCUGCUUGGAUUUUGCUGGUUUAUUGUAAUUAACCAGAAAACUCAGGCUUUAAGAGCCAAUAUGCUGAAGCUAGCAUACAGUGGUGUGUGGACAUCGUUUUUGAAAGAGCAGAGUAAAGACAAUGCUGUUAAUAAGCUCAGUUAGCGCCCAAUGUUCAAAAAUAAAAUAACAAUUACAUGUUUUUCCAAUAUUUUGAGGUCCUUGUUGUAUUUAAAAUGCAUUUCUUCUUGUUCUAAGAAAACAAAUUGACAUUUUUCAGGAAAACCUCUCACCUUAAUACUGCUCAUUUGUUAUAGCUAGUGUGCUGGCAGUACCUGAUCAAAACCCGCUGCUUGAGCUCUCUGGUCAGAGCAGACCUGUUGACAGCUGUUCAAUGGUUCACAUGCUGAAACAGGGUCAGUGGUGUUAUGUGAAAAACAUAAUUAUAAAUGAAAACAAACAAGCGAUAUUUUUAUUCAGGGACCCAUAAUAUAGUGGCGUGAUAUCAAAACAUAUUUCUGCCAACCCUAAUCCUAAACACCAACCAGUAACAGCAGUUUAACAGGGAUUAAUAAAAAAAAAAAGUAAAGCUGCUGUCUUACUCUAUCUGUACAUCCGUUGGGAGGAUCCAAGCAGUCCCCCCCC